AGAGAAGAAGAGUUCUGUCUGGUCGAAUGAUGUAUCAAAACCUCACAGAUUUGUGGAGCUGAAGUAGCAAUGUUUAAAAAUGACGAAAGUGAUGACAAGGCAGAAACGUGGCAUUUUCAGUAUAAAUGUUCCUUUGAAAGUUGAACCGAAGAUCUCCACUCUGAACAAAAAUGUCAGCAAGAAUGUCACGAACGGCAAAGUCGCACCGAAGAAACCAGCUCAAACACCAACGAAGAAGAAACAGAACUGCAGGCUUAUGGAUUCAGUAAAGGUUGCUGUACGAAUCAGGCCACUUGUAAAAUCAGAAACUGAAAGUGGCUGUCGCUCUUGCAUUGAAAGGAUACCCAAUGAACCUCAGAUCUCAAUCGGAAAAGCUAGUCAGAUGUUCACGUUUAAUUAUGUCUUCGAUGAGUUCGAGGGACAAAGCAAGGUCUAUAAUUGCGCAGUGAAGCAUCUUAUUGAAAAUCUAUUCAAAGGUUAUAAUUUGACUAUCCUCGCAUACGGUCAAACAGGUUCUGGCAAAACAUACACUAUGGGUACAAAUUAUUCUGGAGACAUUGAGCUGGGCGUAAUUCCUAGAGCGGUUUACGAUAUAUUCGAUACAAUUGAAACAAAGACUGAUUAUUCGUACAGAGUGACUUGCUCGUUUUUAGAGUUGUAUAAUGAAAGUCUAUAUGAUUUGCUGACUAACAAACCGCGUGAGCAAAGUGUGGUCGAUAUGCGGGAGCAGAAUAACGGUAUUUGCAUUCCCGGUCUGACUGAAGUGGAGGUCCAUUCGCCCGCCGAAGCCCUCAGUCGUCUUCAAGAAGGUUCUCAAGGUAGGGUGGUAGGAGCAACAGCCAUGAACGCCCAGUCAUCACGAUCACAUGCCAUAUUCACGUUUAAUAUUAGAAUAACCAACAAGCAAAACCCGAAGGAAGUGAUGACAUCUAAGUUUCAUUUAGUGGAUUUGGCCGGAUCGGAAAGAUCGAAAAAAACUGGCGCCACAGGCGAUAGGUUCAAAGAAGGGGUCAACAUUAAUAAAGGGCUCAUGGUACUCGGCAAUGUCAUAUCGCAACUCUGUGAUGGAACGAAUAGCUUCAUCAAUUAUAGAGACAGCAAGCUCACUCGUCUCCUUCAAGAUUCACUUGGUGGAAACUCUGUCACGCUUAUGAUUGCAUGUGUGAGUCCAGCUGAUUACAACCAAGACGAGUCAGUCAGCACCCUUCGGUAUGCAGACAGGGCAAAGAAGAUCAAGAACAAGCCGGUAGUGAACCAGGACUCGCAAAGUGCAGAAAUAUCCAAGCUCAAGAAAGAAUUGGAAGACAUGAGGCUGAAAUUUAUUGAAGGAGGUGGUGUCAGUUACGAGUGUCCUCCGAGUCACAAACAGUUGGAACAGGAGUUGGAGGAUGCUCAGACUCGUAUCAAAGAGCUUCUUAAAACUUUAACCGAGUAUAUGUCUCAAAGCUCCAAUUUAUUGGAGCGAGCUGUAAUGGCGGAGAAAUUAGAAGAGACAAUGAAAGAGAAGUUCUCCGAAUUGACCCACCUGUCUGAAUCGAUCAACACGGACUCAGGUGAUAUCGACAAGAACAAGAUUCUGCAAGAGAUCAAAACCAAAAUUCUUGAAGUUCAGGUAGAAGUCCUUGGUUUUCUUGAAGUGUAUUCAGUCCCCGAAGAACUCCUAAGAACCCUGCAUGUUUCCUCAAAAAUCCUUGCUGAUAGCAUGAAUGAUGCGCAGAGACUCCAGUGCGAGAAGGAGAUGCUCAGUCAUGAAAAGCUGUCAGGAAAUAAUAACAGCCCAUUUGAAGAGGAUGGACUCAAUACACCAAUAAAGCACGAACACAUUCUAUCCCAGGCAAAGAUCAACAAAGAAAUUUAUCAAAUCACAAAGAAUCUUGUCUGGAAAGAACAGCUAAUGGCAAAAUUGUCUGAAAAUUCAAAUGGACUCGGUGUCAUUGAGGGAGUUUCUCAAAAGGAGGUCGAUGAUCUCAAAAAGCAAGUCGAAUCCUUGCAGGCUGAAAAGGACGAGCUGCUUAGUCAGAUCAACAACGCUGCAGUAAAUUCGGCAAACAAUGCCAGCAAAGUUGCUGAACAGAGAAGGAAAAGGCUCCAAGAACUUGAGCAACAGAAGACAACACUUCUUAAAAAGAUUGCAGAACAAGAAAAGAUAAUUAAAAUGAAGCAGAAUUCUGAUGAAAAAAUGAAAGCUUUACAGGCUGAUAUCAUGUCGAUGAAACAACUCAAGGUAAAACUGAUACAGCAGAUGAAGAGUGAAAAUGAAAAGUUCAGAACGUGGAAGGUAGAAAAAGAUCGAGAAAUGUGCCUGCUUCGUUCCCAGAACGUUAAACGACAGAACCAGCUGAAAAAGUUGGAACAGCAGCACACGCUACAGCAGAACGUACUGAAGCGUAAGCUCGAAGCUGCUGCAGCCGCCAACAAAAGGAUCAUGGCUGUCCUGGACAGGCAGAAGCAGGCCAAGAUGAGAAGGCUGAAGGGCCCUGCUUCUGAAAGGAUAAAAGAAAAGAUGCAGGAGGAGCUCGAGCUGCUCGAGUCGGAAUACGAAGCCCAGAGGUCGCUCGAUUCUCUAAUCCAAGAUCGAGCAUCUCUUACAAAAGAAUUAACCAUAGUCAAAGAAAGCCUGCAGGAUAAUUAUAUAUGUCAGGAAGAAAAAGAAAAAUUAGCAAGGAACAUGAAACAAAUUGAAGAAGGCAUCGCCAACAGGAGUGCCGAAAUUUCUGACCUUCAGCAAAAGCUUCUUGAUAUCCAUCAUGAAGAUCGUCCUAAAGGAAAUUGGGAUAUGCUGCAAUCAAUGGGCGAUGCAAAGUUUGCCAUUUCGUACCUGUUCAACCUUGUGUCUGAAAAAAUAAAAGAAAAUUUAAAUACUGCACAGUCCGUUUCAGAGCUCAAGGAACAACAACAUGAAUAUGUCAACCAGCUUGAUUUCUAUUCUCAAAAGAUGGAAAUAAUGGCUGCCAAUCACAAAGUUGAAUUGGAAAAUUUGGAAAAAGAAUGUGAGGAAAAAGUCUACAUCUUGUUGAAGCGCAUUCAAGAGCCAAGUCUGAACGGGUCUGAAGAGAUGGUUCAAUACGAGAAUAUCAAGUAUGAAGAGCUCGAGAAAGUCGGGAUGCUCAGGAACAGAGUCAAGGAACUCGAGGAAGAAGUAGACACCUUGAACAAAGCACUCGUCGUGCGCAAACCUCCAUCUACGCAUAUGGAAGCUUUUGAAAAUUUUUUGGCGCAAUCAAAUCCAAACUUAACUACAUUGAAGGCUGGUCAGGGCAUGAGAAAGAGCAAAAAGAAAACACAGACGUUCACCUACGAAUUGGCGGAUGAAGAGAAGAUGAGGGCGUUUGACGAUUCGGUCGAGAUAGAGAAUGAUGACCCCAACAAUGAUCCAGAUUGGGUUCGCACGCCCCUGUACAAGAGACCGCAGGCCCGUAAGGAUAAGUCAAAUUUAGAAGUUAGCCCAACAAAAAAACAGAGGUUAAUGGAACCUUUAGCGAGCAUAAGGGCGAGAAGGGACGACUACUUUGUAUAGACUCCAUAGUCAUACGGUUAUUUUAAAAUAGUUUUGUUUUUAUAUUCUGGAAAAAACCAACACCUUUAGCCCCCCUGAUAUUCGUUGCAAUUGCUUGUUCUAUUGUUCGCCUAAAUAUUAUUUGUAUAUAUUUUAUAGUUAAAGAUUAUUUUCAGUUUUAUAUAAUAACCUAAAGUUCUUGUCCUUUAAUUGUACAU